CUAGCGGUAUUCAAGCUUAAUAAGUGAUCGCUCGCGGUACAGAUUAUACGUGCAGCAAGUUUCUUAUUCUUAUUAUAAAGUACGAAGUUGGAACGUUGUGUGAUGAACUAAUCGUAAAACUAGUCGAGAGAACACCGGUUGGGUUUCCACCUCUCGCAUUGUUUUUCUUUCCUUGCUGCAAAUCCACGAAUGAUCAACAUUGACAUCAGCAGCCGUCGGUUGAUGAAACAGCAAAUUCGUGCGCGAAUUUCAAUCUGAACAUGCAACCAAUUUGCGAUUAGUGAAAACACAGUGUGCCAGUGUGAAAAGUUCAUUCAACAAUUGAACGAUUCAAAAAUGUAGAAAAAAAGCCUACGCGUUCUUUUAACGUGAAUAAGUGUCCUAGUUUUGUAAUUAAUUAUUAUUAUUAUUAUUAUUGUUAAUAUGUCUGUGAUAAUUGUAAUUAUGUUAAUUUUCUGCCAAAUGGAGAUUUGGAAUAGAGUAGCGGCCUAUGCUGAUGCAAUGGGACAAUUAAGUUUAUGCGGGCCUAAAACAGAAAUAUCUCUAACAGCACAUGGUAAAACCUCAUCAGCCACAAUCAAUCUUCUACCUAAAAGUAAUCACUUACAACGUGGACAAUGUAAAUUAAAAGUAACGGCGCCUUCUACUCACAUAAUUUAUAUGCAAUGGUCUAACAUCAAUAGUCGAAUAGAUGACAGAUUAUCUUCGAAUUUACCUUGUCCCCUCAACGUGUUUGUGUUGGAAAAUAAGAAAUCUCCCGUAUGGAAAGGUGACCCAUGUUCUAAAGAAGCUUUACCAGAUGGUCAACUUUUGACCCCGCAAGUUAGAUUUAUGUGGUCACCACCACGAUGGGCAAAUCACACAAGAGGAAGAAAACUUAUUUUAACAGCAGUUGGACGCGGUGCUGUUUGCAAAAGUGAAGAUAACCAUGCGUGUUUGAAAAUUGGAUGGGAUCCCGUUCUUUGCGUAUCCGAUAGUCUUUUAUGCGACGGAAUUGUAAAUUGUCCCAAAGGAUGGUCACAAAGCGACGAAGAUGACCAACUAUGUCACAAUGCGAACGUAACACCUCAAUUGCUGCCGAAGGUUGUGGAGUUUUUCAAAAAAUAUGUUUCGUUAAAAAAGGAAAACAAUAUUGGUGGGAGGGAAACUACACACGAACCUAAUAUAAUGGAGUGGGAUAUUUCGGAACUAUCAGCUAAAUCAGAUAAUGACCAGAGCAAAACAGAAACCAGUACGGACUCCGUGUCCGCAGCUUUAUCACACUACGGUCCAUGGGGCUAUCUCAUGCUGGGCAUGCUGAUAUGUGGAACAGUUCUAAUGUUCUGCGGUCUUUGGGAAUGCUGUUUUCGGAGACCCAAAUCUACAAACGAGACCUUAACAACACGACAACAGCCCACAACUGUUCUUAUAUUGAACACUCCAAACAGUGACACGUCUACCGUUCAACAACCCCCUAAUUACGACGAUCUAGACCAACCCCCGUCGUACUCGGUGCUGUUUCCUAACAAUAAGUUACCGCGUUUACAAGUAGAAUCAGAAUGUGUGUGUGCUAACGCUAACGAAGCGAGUGAAAAUUUAACGAGAAACUCUGGAAGUAAUAGUGCUACCGAAAAUACAGGAAGUGUUGGUGAAAGCAGUGGAAAUAAUACAAAUAGCGACACUGGCCCUGGGGGUAGUGGUGCAGCUCAAGAGAACAAUUCAUGAAUAUAAGCAACAAAUGUGAUAUUUUAUUUAUCCUAAUUAGAUUCUAAUACCAAUUGUGCAGUAAUCAUAAAAACACGAACGAAACCUAAACAAGAUCUCAUAAAAAGCAACAUAUAUGAAAAUUACAAGUAUAAUAUUCUUUUUCGGGCACUGUUUUGUCAAAAGUAUAAAAUUCUCUUGUUAGGCAGAUAUAUAUCAAAUUAAAAAUAAAUGAAA